AUGGCUGCGACCGCCACCGCGAUAGCGAUGACUGCUGGCCUGAUUUCGCAGUGGGUACUGAGCGCCUACGUGCACCGUGAGCACUGGAAGUCCCUGAACCCCAGUGGCUACGGGUUCGAAGGACUGCGCAAGGAUGCCGACACUGUCGAGAAGACGAUCAAUGCUGCAUCGGCGAUGAGAGGCGACGAGGCUGUUCUGUCCGAAGACGACCUCGCCACGAUCAGAGACUGCUUCGGCCGAAUGCUGCAGGAGGAUGCAAAGGUGCGCAAGGAGAUUGCCCGAGCCAAACUCGACGCAGCUUACGAUGGCCGAAAUGCCAUGCUGCGGGCCUCUUGGAGCAAUCUCACAGGGUCGAUUGAGGAGAGCGGACAGGCGGCUGAAGCGAGCGGUGUCCCCACGAGAUGGCCUGAGACCGUGGAGGAAUGGGUCGAGCAGGCGAAGCUGGAGACCGCGCUGCGUUCGAAGAUUCUCUACGUUGCUGCCUGCCAUCUUGGCGAUCUCAUAUUCAGAGCCGAUGCCGACGAAGUCGUGCGUGCCGACACCCAGACGAUCUUGGACCACAUCCGGGCAGCUUCGAACGGGGAGGAGCCUGGCGAGGACAAGCCGUCUGUCAUCGAAGCCACCGAAAGGUUGGCGUCGAUUGAGAGCCAGAUCGUCGUCACAGGGUGCGAAUACCUUACCCCGCUUGACCAUGUUUGUCUCUCUGUGAUCGUGGGUUUCUGUGGCGAAAUCAAGGCGAUGAUUCAAGGAGGUGAGGGACUCGAGGGGAGCUCGGUGGAGGGCAAGAGCAGGAGCUCUGCUGCCAUGGCUACUGCUGCGAAGGCCUGGUUAUCGCAAUACAAUGUGGCACGAGGACUCUUGUCUGGACCGGAUACUGAGACUGAGCCAGUGCAUGAAGAUGACCAGAGCUGA